GAUCCGUCAGACGAACCCAGACGUCCCAGACGAACCAGUGUUAAAUCAUCAUACCUUGUCACUGGUACCUCUUGGCGUUAUAAAUUUACAUCGGCGUUUCGGCAAGUGCAUGGUGUAACUUGAAACAAUAUUUCGGUGUUUCCAUCGUGACUUGUUCUUGUCUAAACGGGUCCCAGCGCAUUCAAGCUCGGCUCCGUUACGUCAACCUCACGUCAGUCACGUCGUUAAUUACCGCGAACGCGGGUACAUAUAUACACAGUGUAGACUAUCGUGAUGCGGUAACCCGUUAAUCAGCCGUUCGUUCGACCAUGGACGCCGAUGAUUUCGUUAAGCAUUAAGCUUGAAAGAAAUAUCGAUCUAAAUCAAAGCUUCGCUUCGCCUAAACGAUCAUUAUGCUUGCGCCGAUCCGCGUGCGCCUGUUGCUGUUCUGCUACACUACGAGCGAUCCCGAGGCAAAAGAAUGCAACGAAGUCAGCUGAGGGACCUCUCAUCCUGGAUGACGCGAUUAUUCCCAGAGCCUGGAGACGGUAGUAAUCGGAUGACCGAGGGAUUCAAAAUGUUCGGUUCGAAAAACAGCUCGCCUACUAGCACAUUUUAUACUGAUCUAGAAAUCACAGAGGACAAACAGGAAUUUCAGCAGGAGAACGAACAUUCCAAAACAGCGGAACAGAGCACAACCAACGAAAAUGGGAACUCGCAAGAUUCGGAUACAGCAACAGGUGUUGAGGAGCAACGCUAUGUCAGACAUUCCUUCCACAGGAUCGCCAGUUUCGGUGGCUUUCCGCGAUUUCAGUCCUUCGUCAUGUCCGCUUCCACACCCGCUGAAUGCAUCGAUAUUACGAGGCAUGAAGAAACUUCAACGGAAACGUCUUAUAUUAAAAUGUCGCAUAGUGUUCUAGAGUAUAGAAGUAGCAGGUACGUAGCUUCAGAAAGAAGGUCUCAUCAGUAUACAUUAGAUACCUACGCGGUAAGCGAAUCCGAGAGUGAAGAAGAGUCAGAAGAAACUAGAUCUUCAGAAACAGAUUCUGCCAUAGUGGCUGAUCAUACGGAAGAGUUGAUAUCGGAGCCUAAACUACUAGCGAAGAAAGGUUCGCCUGAUUCGAAACGAAAGAAAGCAUUACGUGUAGCACAAGAGUUACUAGCGACUGAAAAAAAUUAUGUGAAUAUUCUGCAUCUGAUCGAUCAAGUAUUCCAAUUCAGAGUCGAUCAGGAAAACAGAGCGCAUCCAAUGUUCCCUCCAGAGACUGUCCAACACAUGUUUUCAAAUAUUAAAUCUAUUUAUAAAUUCCACAACGAUUUUCUAUUGCCGCAAUUUGAAGAGAGAAUGCAAUGUUGGGAUUCAAAUCCGAGAAUCGGUGACAUAAUGAAGAACUUUGCACCAUUUCUUAAAAUGUAUACAGAGUAUGUAAAGAAUUUUGAUUAUGCCAUGAAUUUGAUAAGCACAUUGCAGAAUAAAGUUCCCAGAUUUGCAGCGAUUGUUAAUGAAAUUCAGAAGCUCAAUGAAUGCGCUAAAUUAUCGUUAGCACAUCAUAUGUUGAGUCCUAUACAGAGGCUGCCGCGAUACGAGCUACUUCUCAAGGAUUAUUUACGAAAUCUCACUGAAGACAAUCCAGAUUAUGAAGACACAAAAAAGGCUCUGGAGUUAGUAUCAACCGCUGCAAAUCAUACAAAUGAAGCAAUGAAAAAAAUCGAUAAAUUUAAAAAACUUCUGGAAAUUCAAGAGAGUAUAUACGAUGCAACUGAUCUAGUCAGUGCGACUCGCGAACUAAUAAAAGAAGGACGUAUAGUGAAAAUUUCAGCGCGUAGUGGCGAUCAUCAAGAGAGACAUUUGUUUUUGUUUAGUGAUUUAUUAUUACUCUGCUCAAUAAGACUGAUACCCGGUCCUAUGUAUCGAUUAAGAGCUAAAUUUAUGGUGGAAAAUUUACAAGUAGUUGAGGGAGACAAUCUAGAAACCGCAAAUACUUUUUAUAUAAGGGAUGAAAAUAAAAGUGUCGAAUUAUAUACACAUGCUGUCGCGGAAAAAGCAGCAUGGCUGGAUGCACUGUUCCAAACGAUGCAAGAGAUCAUGAGACGUAAAGCUAGCCUAAAAACUGGGAAUGUUAAAACUUCUUUGGUUAAAACUGAUGAUGUAACUAGGUGCAUGGUUUGCGAAGUUAGUUUUUCUGUGAUGAAGCGAAAGCACAAUUGUCGGGCUUGUGGAAUAGUGGUUUGCAGUAAAUGCUCAAAUCAGAAAUUAUUAUUUGAAGACAAUAAGAAUAUGAGAGUAUGCAGAUUAUGUCAUGCCGCGCUAACUCAACCGCUCACCAAAUCACCGUCGUCACCGUCUGGACCAGUGCCAAGUUUACUACAAGUAUCGGCGAAUGCGCCAUCAGUAUUAUCCGGAUACCUGUUACUAAAGACGCAGGCCAGUAAGCCUUGGACAAAACGAUGGUUCGCAUUGCACGUUGACUUCGUUUUGUAUUCAUUCAAAUCCGAAUCAGAAAGUAUGGCCAUGACAGCGACGCCUAUGCCGGGAUUUAUGGUUACGGAAGGUACAAAAUUACCCGAUGAAGACCCUUUGAACACGAAAGAUCGGAUAAGAGCAUUUAAGAUGCAUCAUUCGAGAAAAUAUUAUUAUCUCCAAGCAUCUUCUCAAGAGGACAAAGAAAAAUGGAUGCACACAUUGGAGUUGGCUACGAAAGCUGAACUACCUCAUCUUAUGCAGGUGGAAAAUGAAAGCGCACAAGAAAGUCAAUCAAUGAACGAUGUACAAUGAAUAUGCGUACCUUUUUAUCUACCAAACUAGCCAAUUUUUUACUAUUAUAUUCGUGAAUGAGAAGACGAU